AUGAUUCAGAUUGAAGAUAUCUCGCUCUCCUCGGAAGACGCCCUGUUGAUCUAUGACGGUUCUUCGCCAUCUGCCCCUGUGCUUGCCAGGCUUUCUGGGAACAACACCAUCACGGAAUACUUAGUGACGACCCAAAACAAUGUGUUCGUCUAUUUCCUGUCGAGCUCUCAAGGAAAAGGACGUGGUUUCUCCAUCGGAUACAAGCGUGGUACGUUUAACAAUCUGUUCAUUCAACAUUUACAAAUUUUAUGCUUGGACUAG